AUGGACAAGCUGAAGAUGAAGAAUGCGAUUCUGGAGCAACGAAAUCUGAUGACUAAAGAUAUAAACCCAAGCGUCCUGAUGAAUAUUCUUGAAUGCUGCAAAGAGUCCCCACUCGCUGACGUUGAGUAUGCGCCAUUCUCAGUUUCGGACAGGAAAACCCUCCUGGACGACUCUUUUAAAUGCCAUCUGAUAUGCAAUCAAGCUAAACUGAAAGCUGGCCUGGCCAACAUUGUGCAGAAUCGCAUUCGCACCGACGUCCAGGUGGUGGUGCAUGGUACCACCUUUGACUGCCACUUGACCGUGCUGCAGGUGGCGUCGGAAUACUUUAGGCUGUUUACCUCAACGCACACGAUCGUUAUCGACGAGCCAGAGGUGACGGUGUUGGCCUUCGAAAAACUCUAUGAGUGGAUACUUAAGGGGAAAGCCUUUAGGCUAAGAGUCGAUUGGCUAUUAGAUAUGUACCGAACAGCACGCUUUCUGAAAAUGCCCAAAUUCAUAGAUAGGCUGUGGGGUUAUUUCGAAAAUACCAAGAAUUUUAGCGAGGGCCAUGCCUUCAAUCUAUAUAUAAAGGCCAUUCCUUAUCCGACUGAGAUGUUGCAAGCCCUGAUGCUGACUCGGGUGAAUCGAUUCUUUCUGACAGCUGUGACGACCACGGAGUACCUGAACCUGACGGCUGAACAGGUCUAUGCAAUGCUGACAACCAGUGUCCUCGCUGUUAACUCCGAGAUGGAGGUACUUAUGAGCGCCCUACGCUGGAUGAUGUACGACUGGGAGGAACGCAAAAAACACAAGCUAUUCCUAAUGCAGGCCGUAAGAUUCAAUUUGAUGCCAGCCUGGUAUAUACUCUCGCUGAAGACCAAGCAAAAAAUGCCCGAGCUAGCGGAGAUCCUCGAGGAACCCGUAAUCCAGGACACUCUCGAUGCGGGCCUGUCCUACUCGGUGACCCAGCACUUCGUUCACUCCGACUCUCCAUUGCAGAAGCCGCUUGAAUUGAACACCGAACAUCAGCGUGAAUGGAUCAUCGAUCGUUGUGCCAGUCAUCAUCAUCUCUAUAAUUGUCCCAAUUGGACGUACCUGGACUAUAAUGUUUUUAAUAUCUAUAUGAUGCAGAUCAUCAAGGCUAAAAAUCUGCAUUUUGAUACCUUACGGCUUUUCAAGCCAUCGAACUUUGCGCCCUGCUGCCAGGAAACCAUUAAAAAUUGCAAAACUCUUUUAGAGAUUUGA